AUGACAGUUACGUUGCAGCCCCAACAACCAGAUAUCGACAAUGAGCCGAUCCGACAAAAAUGGCUAGACCGCACAGCGCGUCGACUCAGAAAUGAAAAUCUGAGCAGAGAGCUACCUACAGGCUUUCCCAAAAGACUUUUUUCUGGUUUGGUAUGGGAUGGCCAAUCGUUGCCAGCCAUCUAUGACUGGACAUAUCACCUGAGCUCUGAAGAUCUGGAGGAGAUCAAGCAGGCCGUGGCCUACUUUCGUGGUCUUGAUAAACCUCUGGGUCACAUUGGCCCCGAUACCUUCCCUCUACCAAACCUUCAUGAUAAGUUGCGGGAUGUCUCAAAUGAAGUCCACAAUGGCCAUGGAUUCAAGAUAGUUCGUGGUAUCCCUGUUGAUGAGUUCUCGCGCGAGGAAAAUAUUAUCAUUUAUGCUGGCAUUUCCUCUCAUGUCGCAUCUGAACGCGGCCGUCAAGUCGUCAUCAGGCCGUCUCAAAAGGUACUCACUCACGUGAAAGAUCUUGUCGGCCCAUCGGAAACCAAGAAAGCCCGUAUUGCAACAUGGUCCUCCGAUCGACUGAACUUCCAUACUGACAUUGGAGACAUCAUAUCCCUGUUUUGUCUUGAAACAGCUGCUGAGGGAGGAAGCAGUCAAUUGGCCAGUAGCUGGCAGAUUUACAAUGAGUUGGCAGUCACAAGGCCCGACUUGAUCGAGACAUUGGCGGGAGAUUGGCCACAUGACACACACGGUGCUAAGCCGGGGGGCUGUAAAAUGUUCCCAGUCCUCCAUUAUCAACCUGCAACUGGCUCAGCUCCUGAAAGGGUCAUCGUCCAUGUUAUACGCCGCGACUUUACUGGAACCCCUGACGCACCAAGAUCAACAAAUAUUCCUCCAAUUACUGAGGCUCAAGCAGAGGCUUUGGACGCCCUCCAUUUCUUGGGCGAAAAGCAUCAGGUCCGUCUUGACUUCAAAAAAGGCGACAUUCAAUACGUCAAUAAUUUUAGCAUCAUUCAUUCUAGAGAGUCAUUCAGAGAUACACCAGGACAACAGCGUCAUCUCCUGAGGUUAUGGCUACGUGACCCUGAGAAUGCAUGGGAGAUACCGGGCCCUUUCAAAGAGCGACUUGGAAUCGUUUACAACAACGUGGACAAAGAUACGCAGGAGUUCCCAUUGGAAGCCGAAGGCGAUAACAAACUUCGUAGCUAG